AUGAAUAAUGAUCACCAUCUCAACGAUUACAAUUUUCAAUCGACGGUGACAGUGACCUCUGAUGAAGAGACUUGGGUACAAAUCAAUGGACUUUUCCCCAACUACAGCAACACAUCAUUCACACUCAUAUCUCAUACGCUUUAUUUUGAUCAAACGGAUGUGAAACAAAAUGGUGGACAAGGGCUGAGACUUCAGGUGCCGAUAGUGAUCAGACUUGGCAAGAACUCGACAAAGGACUUUUAUCUUUCGUUUGCUAUCAUUCCUGGGGAAAACGAGACAGCUCUCGCUGGUUUCGAUGACUACAACUUGAAUCUAUUCGAUGAAAAGAACUCCUCGCUUUCCCCAUAUUAUCUCAUGAGCUCUCUCGUCAGCAACUCGACAUCGACAAUGCUCACAAUUAUCAAUCAAAAAUAUUCGAAAGAGGAUUGUCACGAGUUUGUCAUGCAAAGCGUUCAAAUUGACCCGAAAUGCAUCCUGUACAUGUACGCUGGAGCAUCUCCAACCACAAAUUCGGAGAUCGAUGCCGUUUCCGAUUCCACCAAUUAUGUCUUCCCAAUUCUCUCCGGCCCGUACUAUACGUUUUUGUUGAAACCGCAGUGCUCAACGAGUUUCUAUCUCUUAGAUAGACCUAAAGGCUCAACAGCUAUUUCCCCGAGUGACAAGAUGCGAGGCUCGGUGGUGAGCUGUGAGUUUCCAGGGACAACUUUUAGUCGAAAAGAGCCCGUGAAACCGUUCCAACAAGUCAUCAAUGGCACCGGUCUGAGCACUUAUCCGAUCACCGCCAGUGCCUAUGAUGUCUAUCCCGGUGAUAGUGGAUCGUUGAGCUUUCAGAUUCUUGAGCAGAAUGCAAUUGUUGCAAGUAUGAAUGUGACCAACAACACCCGUGCAACCACUCCAAUCAAUGGUGUCGGUCAUGUUUUGUCGAUAAACUACACCCCAAAAGGCAUUGGAAAUCAAGGCUUUUUGAUGAAAUGGUUGUACGAAGCCCCGACGACUGAAUACUUUUCUAUCGACAAUGAUCCGUUGAUUCUCCGCUCUCGAUUUCAAGACACCAGAGCGAAACAAAUCCUUGCCUCAGGCCUGAACAUCCAAGUGAACGUGAAAAUUCUGAGUCUAAACUCUGAAGUCUAUUUCAGUGACGCCACUCAACGCUACAGUUUGAGCGACCUGGCCAAAUCGCCCCGUAUUUUCCAAAAUUACGUGCAUAUAUCAGAGAAUCCGCCCACGAACCAAUUAAUGCGUCCAUAUAUCCGAGAGGCCGUCCCGUCCGAGUUUUUGGCGGCUUUCACUAGCUUUGCAAAUGGUAGCUAUCCACCGGCACUCGCUGAUUACACUUUGAUCAACGUCUUGGAGAAUGUGACAACAACAAUCGUUGUGCCGGCUAAAAACAACACCCAAGCAGUUACCAUCUCUCAGUUCAGCAAUCAACUUAUGUUCUUUGGAAAUGUUAAUAAGUCGGCUGGCUCAAGCGUGACUCUUUAUGUGUCGGGUAUUCCGCAAACGGUGAACAAGAUGAGAAUCUAUAGCUUUGAUGAUUCAAAUGUACAAGGUUUUGUUCGUUCCCUUUUGAUGUCGCCAGCAGCCACCCUGAUCGUUCCACCGAAUUGUUACUUUAGCGCCGAUAUCACACGAUUGGGUGAUGAUAUGGACACAAAGCUGAAAGAUGGCUCAAACGGUUUCGUGAUGACACCCAAUUAUCCGGGCAACUACGAUAACUAUCUGCCGUUUAUGACUGGCAAAUUUGUUAAGGCCACAUUGUCGAGUGACACCUCAGUACAGACAUCUCAGCCAAAGUUCACUGUCACCGUCCCAUACGUGCAACCCGGAUUGUUCGCUGGAGUCACCGGGAAUUUGUCUAUUUCAGUGACUGACAACAAGAACGCUGUUGACACCUUGAAAAUUGAUCAAGAGAUUUGGAACAAGACAUGGACUGGAAAUGGGUACAAAAUGGAGAUCCUUUGGCUCCCGGUGACUGGACAAAACAGUUUCCUUUUGAACUACAGAAUGGACCUCAAUCCCGAAAAAUCCUCUACAGCUUCUCCCGGCAUUUUCUCUAUUUUUGCUUUAAUUCUUGCACAAUAUUUG